AUGUAUCACGCACCAUCCCAUCUCGCGACCCGCACGCACAGGAGCGAGAGCGUCUCCUCCGCGAGUAACUCCCUCUACCACAUCGACACGCCGCCCAGCGACUACCAGGUCUCCCAAUUCGACGACUCCCAAUUUUCCGGCGAUGUUGCCACACUCAGUCCUUUAUCGACCCGCGAUAGCCAGGACGCGGAGCCUUCGGCCGCCAUAGCGUCAUCGUCUUCGAGUGCAUGUGCUGCCGGAACCUCUGCGAGACCUAUUGUCAACGAACGGCGGCCUAGCUAUGGCAAAUCCCGGCGAGAAAAGCCCCGACUCGAACUCGCGCCUGAUCAGCCCCUCACCACGCAAGGCAAACCACGCAGCCGCGUUUAUGUAGCCUGUGUUCAAUGUCGUACCCGCAAAAUUCGAUGCGACGGUGCAAAGCCUACCUGCCACAAUUGUAGCCGCCGCUCAGACCAGAGGAGUCCCUGCACUUACGAUGUUGAGCCCAAGCGUCGUGGGCCGGAUAAGACUCCCGGGGCUCGCCAGCGGUCCAUGACAGCCGGCAAGGAGGAUAGUGAGCCGAAGAAAAGGACUCGAAGACGGACGGUGGAUAGCCCAACUCCCUCAAGUCCCCCCGAUCUGGAGGGCAAGGCACCUCUACAGGAUCCUGUGCCAUUCACAGCGAGGUCGUUGCCAUCGCCUGUCAACAUCAGAGCCCUAUCGCCCGCCGUUGGAGUAAGCCCGAUCGCAGCGUCGUCACAAGCAAGUGGCUCAGGGUCACAGGAAGGAUACGCGUCGGGCAGCAGUGAUCGACACGGCAUGGUGAUUGGCCCGACUAUGAACACGGCGUCGACGUCGACCCAACCAGUGCCUGUAUCCGGACCACAUGCCUAUGAAAGCAUGACAUACCCACAAGUACGUAUGCGUUUUCCUUCGCUCUGCAUCAUGGCCUUAUUUUCACCAGGGAGACUAUCGUUACGUCGACCAACCAGACUACUUACCGAGAUUCCUGCCGAGCCGUCUUUGCGGUACGCCCGUGAGACGUGGUGGGACGUGGUCCUCAGUCUGUACUCCACCUCCUACGAGUACCCACACGGAUACCCCGCGCCACUCCCUCCCGGCAUGCGAGCGACCGCCAUACAGCUCGUUCACGCCGACCUUCGCGUCCUCUUCCGCUACAGCUCGUACUGGCUCUCCUUCCUCAAUGUGCCCCACUUGCUCAGGCGGCUACGCGAACAUGAGGGGCGUGCGGGCCUGCAGCCAAGCUUCGUGCUGGGUGCGCUCGCUCUGGCGACGUUCUUGCAGAGUUCGGACAGCGAACGGGGAAACGGCGCAGUGGGCCGCGAGCGUGCGCUCAGGCUUAAGGACGAGGCGCAGAGUGCGCUGGAGGCAAGCUUGGCGUCGCGGUGGAUCGAUGAUAAUCUGGUUCAGGCGGCUUGGAUCCUCGCUUUUUUUGAGAUCUGUGCGCAUCCUCUGCACACGUCGGAGCGGGUGCGUAGCGCCAUCUCGAUGCUUGACUCGCUCAUACGCUACCUCUCCUUGUCUGUCGUCGAUGCGGAAGACCCGCGCGUGACGAUCUUCGCCCCUCGCUCCGCGCCCGUCGUCUCGUCGUGCCCGCCGCAACAUCGGCACCGCGAGCCGGCGGAGUUCAUCGCAACGCAGCAGUCCCCGCCGAUGCCGCAACUGCCCAAUGCGCCGGCGAAGUGCUGGUGCGCAAGCUACACCCUCGGGCACAUGUCGCCGGAUACGAUAGAGCUCUCGCCGCUAUGGAGUCACACCGCCGGCUGGCUCGCCGACUGGACGGAGGCUGACGUUCGCAAGGAAGAAUGUCGAAGGCUCAUAUGGAGCAGCGUUAUUUUGAUCGCGGGCUACGCGGCGUACAACACGGCGACAGGGAAGUCCAUGCCGGAGCUGUCACUCCUGGACCCUGCGAACAUCGCGGUACUGUUCCCCGGCGAGUCGCUUUUCCCGCCAGGGGCAGGCCAUACAAAAGACACAGUCUGGGCGCUGUACAUGCGUUCGGUGCUGCUGUGGAACAGCUGCGUGCACAUGCGCAACGACACGAGCAUGACCGGCGCCGAGAAAGCUCAGUGUGCCAUGGACGCUUGGCUCGAGAUCGAUGUCAUCGAGGCGGCGCUCAGCGGGCAUACGUGCAAUAUUGAGCGGACGUUCAUGUUUGUCAGCCGCGAUUAUAUAUUCAUAUCUCGCCUAUAUCUUUAUUACGAGCUGCAGCGGCUGGUACCGCACAUCCAACUAAACGCGCAGCUCCUCCGCCAGAAGGCGGACGAGUGGUUAACACACCAUGACUCUAUGGCGAGACGUACCAUGUACGGCUUGCACACCAUCACUGGGCAGCCGACGAGCUCCCUCUCCGGCCGACCGUUCUAUGUCUUCUGGUUCAUGGGCCAUGUAACAAGGAUGAUCACACUUUGGACCACUGAUCAUACGCUCCUCAUUGCACUGCAGGCGUGCAAGUCCCUGUUCGCGCCUCUGGAGUACCUUAUAGCAUUAUGGCCCUGUGACGAGAUACACAGGCGAUUCAAUCAGCUCCGGGAGCAAUUGAUUGAAGCCUGCCAAAUGGCCUCGGUCGCGCCCCCGGUACCAGCACCCAUACGGCGCGACACAUCAGCGGCACAAUCUGAGUUAGAGAUGCUGCUACGCUUGGACCCGUCUCUUUCAUUCACGGCGGUCUAACCCCCUGAUCAAGCUUGCUUAGCAAAUUCUGUAGGGUUCCGAACACUGUACUUAACUCAACGGCAUCUGGAACGCUCGAGAAACAACACUGUAUCAUCUCAUCACCCUGCUCUAGUAUGUAUCGCUGCAUCGUGUUUUGUGAUCAUAAAAGCC